AUGACCCCUGGACUCAACUCCCAUUCGUUCAUUCUCUUUGCACCCAAUAUUCAACACUUGUAUUCGAGCCGGAUGCUCCAGCGCGGGGCGUUCAAGCAUAUAGCAACAUUCGCCUCUAAUUCCCGCUUAAUUCUUCUACCAAAACCGUCGUUAUCUCAGACUCAGAGUGCCAGACCUUUUUGCGACGGACCGAUGAAUUUCCCGAAUUCAGGUCGGGGGAGCGUGUUGAGAUCGCAUGUUCGACCGGGUGGUGGACAGGAUAAUGGACAUGGCAGUGGAAAUGGUGGUGCCGGGCGCGGCAGGGGCUCCGCGAGAGGGUAUCGUCCUCGCCGUGGGAGGGGGAGAGGCGGAGGAGCUUCGCAGAAUUUAAGGGGAGAUGGAAAUGCUGGACCUGCUUCUGAUAAUUGGCGAAAUCAAAGUCAGCCGCAAAACGGUGCAAAUCAGGGUUGGGGGCAGGCACAAGCAAACAGGACUGAGGCUGCAACGCCUGGCGCAUUUACAGGGUUGCCUGCGAAUGACCACUUUAUGCCGCCGUUCACACCCUUUCCUUUGUUACCGGGGAUGGACCAGUGGAAUCCCAUGAACAUGCCCUUCCUACCACCACAGUUUAUGAUGAAUUCUAACCUCCCGAACCCGAUGAUUAUGCCGCCGAUGUUCAAUCCUACGAUGCCGCUUUUCAAUUCUUUCGAGCCUAUGAAUCAGGUACCUGCGCCGGGAGGGUUGCCAGAAUCCGUGCCUGUACGAAGACAAAAGUCGCCCACUCCUGCACCACCGGAGGCAGCGGGACAUUACCUACAGCAAGCAUCCCUACCACCGACACCGAUACCUUCAAACCCUCAACCCCUCCUCAUCAUCCUCGACCUUAACGGAACGCUCAUCUACCGCAAACACCGCAAGUUCCCACCCUCAUUCGUCAAACGCGCAGGCCUGGAUAACUUCCUCGACACGCUUAUGCGGAAAUACGAAGUCAUGAUCUGGUCCAGCUCGCAGCCCGAAACAGUCAAAGCAGUCUGCGAAAGACUCCUCACCGACGGACAGCGAAAGCGACUCGUUGCGGAAUGGGGCCGCGAUAAAUUCAACCUCUCCAAGUCGCAAUAUAAAAACAAGGUGCAAGUGUACAAGACCCUCGAGACGGUCUGGGCAGAUAACUCCAUCCAAUCUGCUUACCCAGGCAAAGCGGGCAAGGCAGGCAAACGGUGGGACCAGACGAACACGAUCCUCAUCGACGACAGCAAGCUCAAAGCGCUCAGCGAACCGUUCAAUAUUCUCGAGAUCCCGGAAUUCACGAAUAUGCCUGCGCCUGGCGUCGACGAGACGACUAUCUUCCCAAAGGUGCUUGCUCGCCUCGAGACAUUAGCCAAACACGAUGACGUGAGCAAGGUGAUGCGCGUUUGGAACGAUCAGGGACAAGCGAUUCUCGACUUCGAACUUCAAGAAGAUGGCUAUAGCCCUAGAAGUACCGUCACGACUAUCACCACGACCCCGACGUCCGAUGACACAUCAACACCCCUCGAUCCAGUCGAAGCCCGCAAACAAAAGCGGAAAGCUCGCAAGUGGGAGCGGAAAGCUGCAAAGCGCGCUGCAUCGGUGAAUUCGAGAAGCCACGAUGGUACGCCUACGAAUAACCUGAGCACACCUGCAUCUGCACUGGCAGCAAACGCAGAACGCUCGCCAUCCCCUGCUUCUGUUUCCGGGAGGUCUGUUCACUCGGAGAAUCAUCUUUUGGAUAAGUUGGAGGAAUCUCUGAACGCUUAG